UGAGGAGCAGAAUCACCUGUGAUUGUGCCCCCGUCCGGCAUGGACGACUACCCAAUGUUCGCCUUCAUCAUGGGCCUCUCCCUUUGGGGACCCUUGAUCCAUUUCCUCUUCCCAUUGUGGUUUUGGAGGACCAUUCGUUGUGAUGUGACUACCCAGUCUGGACUGCAGACCUGUCUGUAUAGUAAAGAAGAGGAGGAAAAGGCUGUUGGGAUUCUCCGGGAGCAGAAGGAGAGAAAGGAGAAGAAAGCGCUGGACAAACAGGCCAAGAAGCUGGCCUUGCUGGAAGAAGCAGCGACCAAGAAGAAAAAGAUGGAGGAAGAGAUAGAGGCGUGGAAGGAGCAGGAGGUGAAGUUGGCCAAACAAUUGGCCGAAGAAGAAGAAGAGGAGGAAGAAAGCGAAGAAGAGGGGACCCCGCUGCACAGAGGAAAAGAGAAGCAAGCAAUAAGGGGCCCACAAGGAAGGAGGAAAGAGGAGAAACGAGUGAGUGAUGGCAAAGGAUGCCUUGAGCGGGAUAGGGCCGAGAGGAACUGGGUAUCAAGAGGGAAAGAGGGACAAAGGGGCUAUGGAACCCUUAGCAUAAAGCCAGUCAUGGAAAUGACCUUUGUGUUUGAAAUCGGGAGUGUGAAUGAAGUGAAUCUUGGAAAAGAAGUUAUGGAACAAAGACAAUGGUGGACCUCAUGCAGCCUCAGAAACAGGGCUCAAGGGGUGCCUUGUCUGCCAUUCCUGAAGUCAAUGCUAUUGCAGCAGAUGUACAGGCAUGAGGCAUUCACUGUGUUAUUCAUAGCCAUAUCCAUGCCCCGAGCUUCGGGCUUGGCGUGGAGUGAUAUCUUUCUUGGAGAGGAUGGAGGAGACGAUGGUUUUGUCAGUGCGGAUGGUGAAGUAUUGCCCGUCGAGGUACGAGCGCCAGACUGUGAGGGCGUGAAUCACGGCGAGGAGUUCCUUCUCGUUGGAGGGGUAAUUCAUCUCCGCGGGAAGGAGCGUCUUGCUUGCGAAGGCGAUGGGGUAUUCGCCAGGUGGAGCCUCGGGGUGAGUGGGCGAGUCCUUGAUGGAGGGGGUCUCGACGGUGUCGCGGGGGAAAUGUUGGGACAGUACGGCUCCGAUGGCGAAGUCGGAGGCAUCAGUGGUGACAUAGAAAUGGCGAGUGGGGUCGAGGAUCUUGAGGACAGGGGCCGUGGUGAUGGUUUGCUUGAGCUCGUCCUUGCGGGUGAGUUCGUGGAGAGGGUAAGAGAUCUCGGAAAAGUUGCGAAUGAACGGGCGGUAAUAGUUGGCAAGGCCAAGGAAGGAACGGAGUUGGAGGAGGGUCUUGGGUGGGGGGUACUUGACGAGGGUUGUGAUCUUCGAGGGGUCCAUACGGAUGCCUUCAGCGGAGACAAUAUGACCGAAGUAUUCGACGCUCGAAGCGACAAACGUACAUUUGCUGAGCUUGGCGUAGAAUUUUUGCUCGCAGAGGAUCGAGAGAACUUGGCGGAGGUGCUGAAGGUGGGACUCGAAGAUGGGGCUGAAGACAAGGAUGUCGUCAAGGUAGACGACGACACUGACUUCGAGGAGGUUGCCGAAGAUGUGGUUCAUGGUGGAUUGGAAGGUAGCGGGGGCAUUGGUGAGUUCGAAUGGCAUCACGAGAAACUUGUAGUGCCCGAACCGAGAGCGGAAGGCGGUCUUGUGGGUGUCCUCCUCGCGGAUACGGAUCUGGUGGAAGCCACUGCGAAAUUCGAGGUGAUAGUGGAUGGAUUUGGAAGAAGGGUAGAGGAGCAUGAGGCAGUGGGAGGCGUUUGCGACGCCUGGGAGUCGUCCGGUGGAGGGGGCGUCGCCGGAGAGGGGGGAGGCAAACGAAUUGUCGAUGCCGGAUGGCCAUCGAUGGGACGGAGGACGUCACCGAUGGGUGGGCCGACACACGCGAUGUCGAUGUCGGGUCAGUGUCCUAGGGACUGUGUUCAUGAUGAGGAGGGGCCCGCGCUUGCCGAGGGCGGUGAUGCUGAGGUUGCGGGUCAAGUGGAGGCGUGCGGCGUUGGGGCAGUUGGUUUGUUGGUGCCCCAAUUGGCGACAACGGAAGCAACCCCCUUUUGCUUGGAGGUAGGUGCGCUCCUCGGGGAAAGUGAUGGAGGUGGUGUCUUCGGGGGUGAUGUGGUGGAAAAAGCGGGUGCGGGAGGUGCCGGGGGGGGGCUGGUGGUGGGGGUGGAGUCGUUGAUCGUGGUGAAGCAUGCGAGAGAGGAGGUCAGCAAGGGGCAUGUCGGGUUCGUGGGCGAGGGCGGUUGCAAGGUCUUUGUGGCAUACUCGUUUGAUGCGGGAGAUGAACGCACAGUCGGGAAUGACGGUGUGGGGGAGGUGGUGUCGGAGGGAGCGGACGUAUUGGACGAAGCGGUCCGUGGGACCGGUCUGGCGGAGGUGGCAGAAUUGUUCAAGGUAGUCGUCAAUGGUUUUCUAGGGGCGGAAGGUGGCAGUGAGGAGGKUGGCCCAUUGGAGGAAGGUGKGRCGUGGUCCUCCGGAGGCUCGRCGGUUGCUARCUUCAGCCAUCCACCAUUUGGCUGCAUUGCCGAGGAGGCGGGAGGUGGCAAUGRGGAGCCAGUGGGCAAGGGGCAUGUGGUGGAGSUGAAAAGAGUUCUGAAGCUGGGUGUGGUCGAUUUGGUUGUUGUCCUCAAGGAGGUAGUUGGGGGGGGGUUGUGGCAUUGCGGGGUAAACCCCGGAGGUGACUUGGGAAUAGGUGGGACGGAUGGUGGGGAUGGUGGAGGUGGUCAUGAUGGUGUGCUGGAUGCGCCGGAUGAGGGAGGAGGUGGAGGGAAUGGAACGAUGGUGGAGGUUGAAGGGUUGGUGGAUGUGGUGGUAGAGGUGGUAGGAGUGGAGGAGGUCGGCGGGGGGGUGUUGCUGGAGGUGGCUGUGGAGGAGGGAGUGGUUUGCGUUGUGGAGGAUGGAGUGGUUUGCGCUGUGGAGGAGGGAGUGGUUUGCGUUGUGGAGGAGGGAGUGGUUUGCGCGGUGGUGACGACCGUGAUAGAGGGGAUGGUCCCUUCGAUCGUGGUGAUGCGGUCGCAUAUGGACGACAUGUUGGCCUUUAUGUCGUCGAGAGAGGUGGUGACGGAGGUUCGGAGGGUGUUGAGUGCGUGGACGAUGGCGGAGAGGUCGGAGGUGGCGGUGUUUGCUGGUGGUGGUUCUCCUGCGAGGUUGCGGGCGAUGCUAUCGACUGAGUUGGUGCGGAUAGGAGGAGGGUUUACACUGCAGCAGGAGACAACUGUGCUUAUGCAUUCGACGUGGUUUAACAUUCUUCCCAUGGAUAAUGGCCGAGCUUUGGUGCCUUCGUUCCCGUUUGGGAGGAUCCUUAAUCCAGCGUAUAUAUCUGAUGGGAUUCCUCCUCCCGGGGCGGGCGGCAGUGCCAGAUCGCCUUCCACCCUGUUUGACGAUGACUCAAGUUUCCCACCGUCUCAGCAGGACUUGCUGCAGCUGUUGGGAGGCCUACGAAUCGAAAACAAAGCGCUGAAGAAACAGAUCCGUAGGCAACAAUCCAUCCAUGAGGCUGGCAUGAACGCGCUGAGGGCAUUGUUGACUGUCAGGGAGAACAUUGCGGUUAACCAUGUAAACCCCGCAGAUGGCCAUGUCCGCGUUCCGUUCGACGAGAAUGUCAAUGUGCACCGCUUAGAUGAGGAGUUCAUUGGGAUUCAGCGCGCAGCGGCUGCUAUUGCUGAGCACGAAAAAGAUAUCCUUCGCUCUGAGAUUUCGUGGUUAGAGAGGAGGAUAGAUGUUCACAGUCAGGUUGAUGCUGCCCAGUGGAGAUGCAGGGCGUUAGUUGCAGAGCAUGAGGUCAAAAGCUUCGUUGGGAAUACUGAUCUGACAGGUGACCUCGCUACCAUUGUGGCACCUGUGUUUUAUAUCGCCUCCGCAGAUGUGCUUCAUGAGAUGUCCCGCGAUAUGUACUCGGCUUUGGUUAUGAACCUUCAGUGGGUAGGGCGUGAGCUUCUUAGGCAUGUUCAGCAUGCGCAGAGCAGCGCUGCGCUGCGGUUUGCUGAGUCGCUCCCAACAAUGGAAGGACAUGUUCCUCAGCCUGUUGCUGGUCGCGCUUUCCAUGCAUGGACGUGUCGGGAUAUGAACUAUGAUGUCCAGUUCUACCCGCUAGAGAGCAAAACGCCGUCUGAUUUUGAGAUGCGGCAGGUUUCCGGCCAGGACUAUAGGGAUGCCGAUGGGCUUAGGUGGUCCCUUGACGAGCUCCCGCAUAUCCUGUAUAUCAAACAGCAGGAGAUUGAUUCGCCUCAGCGGGCGCUGGCUGAUCAGCAGCGACUGCACGAUGAGCAGUUGGGUUUUUUGCUGCAGAAAGUUAGAAUGUCCCACAAGGAGGUGGUUCAGGUCUUGAGUGGCAAGCAAUCCGCAAAGAAGGUGACUGCAGCGUCAAGGGGCCUUUCGCGCUUUGCCCCCAGGAAGAAGUCUUUUGUGGUGAGUGUUGCUGCUUGCGGGCCUCGAGGUGACGAGGAUCUAGACAGGAACAUGGCUUUGUUCAAGCAGCGAGAGAUAGACCACCUCCGGAAUAAAAUAAUCCAUCUCAGUGUACACUCAGACUUUGUUGCUUGGGAUAGCAUGACACGGUGGAAGCAGAAAGUUGUGCGGCUCGACGUCCAGAUUAGAAGACUGUUGUUCAUCUCCGGUAUGAGGGGUGAUCUUGCACGCAUUGUGUACCCACUGUUCGUAUUGCCGAACAAUGACGUGCUACAAGGCUUCGACAGUUCUGAUUUACAGUCAACUAUUCAUCAGUUGCAGUGGGUUGGUGAGACGUUACUUUAUUGCUUGGUCCAGGCUGAGGUGCAAGCGGCGCUGAAGUUCGUUGUCACUGAGCCUCAGGCUUUGUCUACAAUUGAGGUGCUCCACGGUCUGUUGAUGGCUGCGAGGCGAGAGUUUGCAGAAUUCAUUACUGCCACUUCCGUCCAGCAAACUGUUGCCGCUACGUAUGACAUAACUAUGCAGCAGGCUUCUGAUCUUCAGAGGUUGAGGUUCACGCAUGGUAGGUUGCUGCUGGCUGCUGCGGACGAGGAUGCGAGACACCCUGUCAAUGCCAUUGUACAUGAGAUGUUACUGUUGCAGAAGGCCCAUAAAAAAAUGCAGAUCGAGUAUGCAGCUUUGCAAGUUCGCCUUGCCUCCCAGACAACCAGCUCCUGUCCUUUUUGCGGCUACACGCUCUUUCAACCUGGUGCAGGUGCGUCUUCCUCCGUAGUUGGGUCGAGUGUCCCCCCGGAACCAUUCAAGAACGUCAAUGAUGCGCCGCGGGAGGAUGAUAUGGUCAUCACUCAGCUGCAGAUUGCAGAGGUUGACACGUUCCAUCAUCAUCUGCUCGACGGUGCAUCCCUUCUAAGGGAGCUAGAUGACGAACGUCACUUUCAUUUUGAUGACUUCGGCUCCCAGCUCAUGCUCAUUGACAGACAGGAGGAUAUCGACAUUCUGGUUCCCAUGGUCCACAUCGGUCCCGGGGAUAACGAUUACGAUUUCCAUGUCGUACUUGGGUUGAAUUUGCAGGAUAACCAGGUCCUGUACAUUUACUCUCGAGCAUUGCCUGAGCCCAUUCGUGGACAGCUCGGAGAGUCAAAGUCUGGUAAGUACAAUUACCGGCGAUUCCGCGAUCUCGCUCUGCAAAGAGAGCAGAUGACCACGCAAGUCAAAGACCACCUUGACAGAGUACUUUGUUCUGUCUCACUGGACGAUUCCUUUGACGAGCUCGACAAUGAACUGAUGGCACUUCAGAGUUCGUGGGCGAAGAAAGCAAAGUCUAAGGGUGAGUUGAUGAUCGCGGAUUUUGAGAUUGCACACACGCGAGUAGAUGCCCUGUUAGAUCCGGGAUCGACGCGGUCUUAUAUCUCAGAGAAGGCAAUUCGUAAGUUGCAUCUGGGAAUGAAGGUAAAGGAUUUACCUAGACCUAUCACGUCUUACUGGCUGACAAGAGCACAAUCACUGUCUCUCAAUACGUCGAUCGUGUUAAGUGCUAUUUUAGGACAAAGGAAGAUCUCUGCAGCGGCGCAAGCACCUGUUCAAUUGCCUGUUCAGAUGGCGCUGCCGCCGCAGCCUCCUGCCGUACAACCGAAUCCGCAGGGCUUCCACGGUGGGCAUGGUGGAAACUCGGCAUCAAGUGGAGGAGACAAAGGCCCUGCCGCUAAUAAUUUCCCAGGACCGGGAAAUCGUGCAUACUUCACUAAGGAAUACAUGGAGAUCUUGGAGAGCAUCAAGUCCAGUAAAGCUAUAAACGAAGCAAAAAAGAAGCUCGGAGUAGCGAGGAAUGGUGCUGCAAAGCAGAGCGGUACCCAGAUCGUCGAACCUCAUGAUGAAGGAAGCAGAGACGAUGCACGCUCAUCGGAAAGAAGUGAAGAUAUGAAAGCUUGGGUUACCACUACGCUGGGCGACUCGCUGAAGCUCAUCAAUUCAAAAUUGGAGGCAGUCGACAAGAAGUCGAAAUUGGACGUGGCGGAGCGGGAUGAGUUGGAACGCCUGCGAAGGGAAGCGCAAGGAGGCAAGGACAACAAGGAACUCUCAAGUAAUGAGAAGCGGAAAAGAAGCGUCGUCUGCACUCCAGUGGAAAAUUCUCCAUCCACUGCAUGCGCCAGGCCGAGGUCCAAGGGCAGCUUAAAGACCAAGCUGAAGUGCAUCAAGUUGUAUGAUGAUGAAGGUCCUUCUGACGAUGCAAAGAAGUACGUAGAGACCUGUCAGGUCUGUCAGCGGGACAAGCCGCGGACUCGAGCUCCGCUUGGGUUACUCAAGCCUCUACCCAUUCCUGCUGGCCUAGGGCAGAGUAUCUCCAUGGACUUCAUGGAUACUCUCGUGACCAGCAAGAAUGGCAAGAGGCACAUCUUCGUCAUAGUGGAUAGGUUCAAUAAGUAUGCUAGACUAAUCGCCAUGCCAGGGACUGCUAGGACUGAGCACGUCAUCAAGUUGUUCAUGGCCAAUUGGCAGACUGUCGAACACAUCAAGAAAUCUCAGGAAGCCAUGAUUGCUUCUGAGAACAAGCGUCGCAGACAGUCCACAUUUCAGGUAGGGAACGUGUCUGGGUCAAGGCUAUUUGGUAAGUGCCAUGUCAGCAGCAGUGCCAUGUCAGCAAUGCUAUGUCAGCAGUGCCAUGUCAGCAACAGUGCCACGUCAGCACUGCCACGACAGCAGCAGUACCAACGUCCGCAGCGCCCCACCACCAUGACGGGUUCAUCAUUGGGCAUGACAGGCCACCUGGCGGGCGAGUCCAUUGACGAGUACCAUCAGCGGUUUCUAGCUCAGCUCGCACUGGUCGAGGCUGAGGUACAGCGCCAGGGGGCAGCCGAGGCUGCCCGCCUACAGGCUGAAGCAGAGGCAGCAGCUGAAAAGCAGCGGCUGCAGGCCAAAGCAGAAGCAGAUGCCCAGGCCCUCCGCAGGGAGGCCCAAGAGCUGCUGCAGCGGCACGAAGCCACCAGCAUCGAUAAGCUCAAGUUCUGGCAUUUUGAACCAUCCGCCGGCCACGACAACGCAACACCGGAAGAGCAGCACAAGGAGUUUUUCUCCAAACUUGUGACACGGAUAGAGAAAUUUGACGACUAUACGCAUCAGGACCCAGUCGUCUGGUGGGACGGUUUUACAACGGAGCUUGGGAUUCACGAGGUCCCCGAAUACUUGUUCAUCUCGGCGCUGUUCCUCAACGUCAAGGGCGGAUGCCAGCUCUGGCUCAGCCACAUGGCAACCAUCCACGGCUUCCAAGUCAACCAUCUAUACCAGAAAAUCUCCUGGGAAGAUCUGACGAGCGAAUGGAAGAAGCGGUUCAUCAUCGAAGACGCCCCGACGCUCGCCAUCAACCGCCUCUUCAGCAUGACCCAAGGCAACACACAGACAUGCGAUUGGCUCACGGAAUGGCAAAAGAUUGUGGCAACGCCCGAUCUCCAGUUGCCAUUUUUGCAUCUGCGUCGAGAGUUCUACAACCAGUCGUGUGCCGGCUUGAGUCUCUCACUCGGUGAUCGUGAGCAGUACACGACCUUUGCCGAAAUUAUCGACAAGACGCGAGAGAUCAUCAAGAAAAACCGGGCUGCUACACGCGAGAAAUCAGCACGGCAGCCAGCCUAUGUGGAGAAAGGAAAUUUUUGUCCGAGUCCGCAGCACGUCGCUGCAGUCCAACCGGACACCAUUGUGGAAGACCCAGCAGCCACCCAAGCAUCACACCUUCCACUGCCAGGAUCAAGGCAAGGAGGAUGUUCGGCCUCGCAUCAACUCGGGAAACUGAGUUGCGCGGGAGGUGAGGCGACUCCACCUCUCACUCGGCCAGAUUCGGCGGCCUUGCUAGCGGCCUCCUACACAUCUGGGGAGAAUGCGGAUGUCACAAGUCCUCGGUUCACUUAUGAGGAUUACGCUGUCCACUUGGUCCCACCGUUGGACCAGCCACUCCACGUGCAACAAUCCACCUCAUGCACAGUUUCACCACCAUCGGCAACCGAUUCGGCAACGUCGCCGCCAUCUAUCGUCGGGGAUUCGACGUCAUGGUCAAGACUUGAAGAGCUCGACCCGUUGACGUUUGCGAAUUUCCAAUGGAUGCCCGUUCCCCCGACCGGUCAAUUGCCGAAACCGCCUUGCAACGUGCUCAAGGCACAAUUGCGGGAUUACUUGCACAUUGGAGUACCAACUCCGUUGAUGGACGCCGGAGUAGAGGUUGUCGACCUUCACGACUACGUUGCGAAGAUCGACCGCGAGUUCAAGACACAACGGUACGACGGCAUCGACGCGCCAUUGUUGUACAUACGCAUUGAGAUCGGAGAGGUGACUUGCAGCGCUUUGGUCGAUUGCGGAGCUACUCGCAAUUAUAUCAGCCAAGACUUUAUGCUUUCGCCAUACGGUGCUCCCGUUCUUUUCGUCCGGAAGAAGAACAAGGAUUUGCGAUUGUGCAUCGAUUAUCGCAAGCUCAACGCGCAAACCGUCAAGAACUUUGGCCCUCUUUCGAGCAUCGACGACCUCCUCGAACGGUUGGGCAGCGCCAAGUUCUUCUCCAAGCUUGACCUCAAAUCGGGAUAUCACCAACUCGAGAUCCGGCAAGAGGACCGCUACAAGACCGCGUUUAUGACGCGAUAUGGACAUUUCGAAUGGUUGGUUAUGCCUUUUGGUCUUACGAAUGCCCCGACCACAUUCCAAGCGGCUAUGACAACGGAGUUCCAACACAUGCUGGAUAGAUUCUCUCUCAUCGACCUGGACGACAUCUUGGUGUACAGCCGGAGUUUGGACGAGCAUGUGGAGCACCUUCGCAUCGUUUUGGAGCGGCUACGACAAGCCAAGUACAAAGCCAACCGCGAUAAAUGCGAAUUCACACGGCAAGAGCUAGAGUACUUGGGACAUUAUGUGAUGCCUCAAGGCAUCCGCCCGCUUGUGAACAAGAUGGAGGUCGUCUUCGUAUGGCCCGAGCCCACCAACACCAAGAUGAAACCAAGCACUAAGCCAAGAGAAGAAAGACGGAUACGUAGAGCCCGUGCUCUAGCAGCAGGACUACAGGAAGCAAACAGAGCAACAAGAGAGCAGGCAACAGCAGCCAGAGCAGCAGCGAUGGCUAACGGCGCAAGCUCUGCUGCGUCAUCGUCUGCGUCCUCGUCAGGGACUAAUGGGGGCCAGUUGGGAAUCCCAACGAGUUCCACAAGUUCCUCGGGCAGUUCCGGUUCCACAGGUUCUAGACAGUCUUCUAGUCAAAUGGCGGGCGCGAAGUUCAGCUCGUUGACCCCGCGUGAGAGGGAGCUCAGAGAGAUCCAGCAGGUCGAGAGGCUCCGCCGUAAGUUAGAGCAGGACCUGAAAGAUGCUACCGAUAGAGAAAAUGCGAUGAAGAGUAGGGUAGCCAGACUUGAAACUCUAGAGGCUGACAAAGCUGAGUUGGAGGGCUUAGAUGAUUCAGGAAUGAAUGAGCCCAUGAAAGUGUUGAGGAAGAACAUGCUGUCACUGCAUGCGCACGUGGGCAGCAAGUUGGACUUCAUGCAGAGCACUUUGGACCAGAUCCUGGACGCGUUGACUAGGCCAGGAUCCAGGCCACCAACACAAUCGUCGUUGCCGUUAUCGGCAAUGUCAGGCCCCUUUCCAGUUCAAGCUGAUGUAUCUGAAGCCUUAGAGGACUUGGAGAGUGAGUGGUCAAACAAGGCUUCUCGCAAGUCUUGGGUGGCGCUGAGGAAAGGUCCUAGAGGGGAACAUUUCGUGGUGGAAGUCGAUGUAGGAGGCCGCAAAUGUGGUGUCUUCAUAGACAUAGGCUCCACGCGUAAUUACAUAAGUCGCGAUUGUUUGGAAAGGCUGCACCUACAGGACCGGGUACGGCACCUUAGUAGACCUGUAGCAUCUACUUUGACGAACAAGGAGCGCAUGAUUGUAACGGACUACAUCAAAGACAUAGUCUGUACCUUCUCCUAUGGAGGAGGAGAGCUUAACCAUAAGAUCUCGUUCUUGGUUAGCGACGACUUACCAUUUGACAUGUUGUUAGGCAUGUACUACCUCGAAGUUGCUGAGACCCAGUUUGACUGGGAUAAGAAGGUGCUCAAACAUAAGUUGCCAGAUGGCCGAACUGUCAAAUUGACUGAGUUCAAGGCCAGCAGUAUUGUAGAUACCUAUGGCUACUUGUGUGCAUCAGCGUUCUACAAUUACUACAAGCAAAACCAAGAGGAGGGUAUGUACCUUGUUUAUGUCUUUGAAAAAGGGGAGGCCGUUAAAACACCCCCAGAGACAGAACGCGUCGUUGCUAAGUUCCCUCAUCUGUUCGAGGAGCCCACAGGAGUUGUUGAAAGGGAAGUCGUCCACGCUAUAGAAAUCAUUCCAGGGAGUAAGACCCCAAAGGGAAGGAUCUAUAGGAUGGCCCCCGCUGAGUUAGAUGAACUUCGGCGACAGCUUAAGGAGCUGAUAGAGAAGGGUUGGAUUCGGCCUAGUACUUCCCCUUACGGAUCACCCGUUUUAUUCGUACCGAAGAAGGGGGGUACUUCGAGGAUGUGCAUUGACUAUAGAGGCCUCAAUGCCAUCACUGUGAAGAAGGCAGAGCCUCUACCUCGCAUAGACGACCUAUUCGAUAGGGUGCAGGGAUGCAAGUACUAUAGUAAGAUAGACUUGAAAUCCGGAUAUCACCAGAUCGCAAUAAGACCUGAGGACCAACACAAGACAGCUUUUCAGACGCGUUAUGGUCUGUAUGAGUUUGUAGUGAUGCCCUUUGGUCUUUGUAAUGCGUCGGGUACGUUCCAGCACGCUAUGAAUCGGAUCUUUCAUGACCAUUUAGAUAAGUUUGUCGUGGUCUACAUAGACAACAUUCUGAUCUUUAGUAAGUCUGCCGAGGAGCAUGCACAACAUGUUGAAAAAGUACUCUCACUCUUGCGACAGCACAAGUAUAAGGUCAACUUAGAGAAGUGCGAAUUUGGCCGCACUAAGAUACUAUACUUGGGUCAUGAAGUAUCUGCGCAGGGAAUUAGGCCGGAAGAUGCGAAAGUGGCUAGUAUUCGAGACUGGCCACGACCACAGAUAGUCACUGAGGUCAGGUCAUUCUUAGGAAUGUGCGGCUACUAUAGAAACUUCGUUAAGAACUAUUCUACAGUCGCCUCUCCUUUGACUGAUCUAACUCGACUUGACACACCGUGGGACUGGAGUGAUGAGUGCGAGGGUGCUUUCAAGAGAUUGAAGCAUGCACUCAUGAAUCAUGAAGUUCUCAUGGUUCCCGAUCCACAGAAGCCAUUCAUAGUGACCACUUACGCAAGCCAAUACGGCAUUGGCGCAAUGCUGGCUCAGCAGGAUGGGAAAAAGUUCAGACCGAUUGAGUACAUGAGAAAGAAGAUGCCAUUGAAGAAGUUGGCCAAGUCCACCUACGAAAGGGAACUCUAUGCUCUCUACAAGGCACUUGUCCAUUGGAGACACUUCCUUUUGGGAAAGGUUCUUCUAUCUGAGUUUGUGAUGGACAUCAUCCGCAAACUUCAGGCAAAAGACAAGGCCACAGAAAGUGAGUUUGUGAUGGUGGACGGGCUAAUCUAUCUUGAUAAGGCCGGGAUAAAGAGAUUGGUAGUUCCAUCUAGUGAACAGUUGCAAAGUUUAUUUUUAGGCGAAUGUCAUGACGCAACUGGGCACUUUGGCUAUAAGAAGAUGAGUGCUAACUUAGUACAACGAUUUUGGUGGCCCAGAAUGCUAGAUGACGCAAAGAAGUAUGUUGAGACCUGUCAGGUCUGUCAGCGGGACAAGCCGCGAACUCAAGCACCGCUUGGGUUGUUGAAGCCUUUACCUAUUCCUGAUGGUCCAAGAUUGAGUGUUUCCAUGGAUUUCAUGGACACCCUAGUGACCAGCAAGAGUGGAGAUCGAUGCUGCCCCCAACCAUGGAUGGACAAGUCGACAUCGACGACAUUGUGGAUCACAGGGAUAUGCCUGUUCCGAAGCCGCUGGGUCGAGGAAGACCUCCUAAACCCAAGAGGGAGUACCGGAUCAGAUUCAGGCAUUACGGGUCCAAAAGAAGAUCGGUGGUUUACCCAGGAGGAACUGAUGGAAACAGCUCCUGAGGUGGUGGCAGAUUAUGAACGGAAGCUAAAAGGGAAGGCACCUGCGAAGAGACCGGGAAGGUUGAGACCACAUUCAGCGGGCACUUGGAUUACCUCCACUGUUUGGCAGCUAGACCAACUCAGAACCAGAUUGUCACAGGGUCAGAAGAUGGGACUGCUCGUGUUUGGGGUGGGGGCAGCAGCCACACCGAGCUCAGAGCCUCGUGAGAGCAUCCCCAAAUUUGAAGGGCUCCCGAUCUUCUGUGAUGCAUCGAAGACGGAGCCUAUGCCGUGGUGGCACCAAUUCGAAUUAAAGCUGGACAUCCACCAUGUCGUCCACACAAACCGGCAUGCAUACUUGUACUCCCGGUCAGGAGGUGCGAGCCAGGCAUGGUUGGACAACAUGUUGUCCGCACAUGCAUGUACAGUCUCCGAGUUACACAAGUUCAUCACCUGGGCCGAUCUCACGGCGGCAUGGAAGAAGCGUUUCCAAGUGGAACCGCCCGAGCAUCAGGCGAUGGACAAGCUGCUGACAUUCUCACAGAACAGCGUGCCAAGUGGAGGCUGGAUAUCUGAGUUCCAACGUCUGGCAAGCACGCCCAAGCUGCCGCUGAACUUCGACGGCAUAAAGCUUUACUUCAUCAAGACAUCGUUCCCAACGUAGCAAAAUGCGUUAACUCGGGUCGCUGAGAACCUCAACACAAG